AUGCCAAACCAGAAAAAAAAAAAAGAAAUUCAAAACGCACAAAUUCCUGUUUUUACUAGUACAUGCAAUUAUAUUCCAGAAAAUACUUCUAAAGACAGUGUUAUUACAAGCGUGCCAAGAUCUGAAAUCGAACAAAAACUAGAUUUUUACAGGAAAAAAGCUGCAGUACCAAAUAUGGUAAAGGCUACCCAAAAUUGGACAAAGAAGUUUAAUGAAUUUCGGCAUCAUUAUAAUUAUGUCACACCAAUUGAAACUAUUGAAGAUCCUCAUUUAAUUGAGCAACAAAUAUGUGAAUUUAUUGUGCAAAUGACAAAAAAAGAUAAAGGUGAAUACAAAGCUAAAACCGUUAAACAGGCUAUCGAUAGAAUAAAUAAAUAUAUUAGCAAAACUAGUAUAAUUCGUGGUCUUAAUUUACAUGACAAGUAUCAAUUUCCAGAUUUACAUGAUAUUUUAAAUGGUAAAAUAAAAGAUUUACAGGAAAGAGGAUUUGGUGAAAAGGAAGGAUCUAUAGCUUUAACAGCGCAGCAAGUUAAAGAGAUUCUUAGUGAUGAUAAAAAUAAUCAACGAGAAAUUCAAGGUGGAAAUGCACACUGUAUUCAGUUACUACCUAAUUCAUCAGAUAUUCCUGGACCUGUUAGCAAUUUUACUAAAUAUAUUUCCAAACGUCCACUAGGGCAAAAAGUUAAAGUAAAACUUCCAGAUGGUAUCUUAACAAACCAUUCAGGAAGAAAAACUGCAGCCCAAAUACUUCAGGAUGCUGAUAUACCAGAGGAUGCCAUUAUAAAUAUUACAGAACACAAAAGUUCACAAGGAUUACGUGUAUAUAAAACUAUUAAUGAAAGUCAAAAAGUCAAUACAAUAAAAACUUUAAUCAAUACUAUAGAACCGGCAUCAAAUACAAAUAUAAUAAGCCAAGAAUCACCUAUAGUACUUACCGAAAUUACUGGAUCUCAGAUUAAUUUCAAUACAAAUACAGUCACUACGCAAGAUAUUAAUAUGGUUCAAGGGCAAAUUCAUAGUGAAUUUCAAAAUCAAC